AUGGUCUCAAGGGGAACAGUCGAUGGGGCUCUGGUUGUCAUAGCCGCAUUUUUCAUUCAUCUAUCAUACGGAUGUAUGUACACCAUUGGUAAGGUUUUUCUUUUAUUCAGUCUAAUAAUUUUUUUAGGAAAUAUGAUUCCUUAUGUUGCUUCGUAUGUUGCCAAGCAAAAUGACGGUAAAUUCAACAAUGGUUUGGUGGUGUGGAUGACUGCAGCUCCCUUCCUCACACAAGGUAUCGUCAUGCCUCUCGGUGGAAUUCUGGCUGCCAAAGUUGGUCCCAAACUGGUCGUGACCUUUGGAUCGGUUAUUUGCAGGAGUCGUGCUCAAGCGCUUGAUUUGGGUAGAAGAAGGGGUCUAGUAGACACUUGCGAGAGUUCUCAUUAUGGAUUAACCGUGAACGCAAGUCCACGUAGUCUACUUUUGACAAUCAUGGUUCAAAGAAACACGAUUUAUGGUGUGCUAAAUGUAAUUGCUGGAUUUUUAAUCCACUUAUCCUUCGGCUGUAUGUAUACAAUCGGCAAUAUGACUCCUUAUCUUGCUUCAUAUGUUGCAAAAUAUAUCGAUCCAAAUUUCAAUAAGGGUCUCGUUGUCUGGGUUUCUGCUGCAGCACUUGCAGCCCAAGGUUUGUUUAUGCCAUUAGGUGGCCUCUUUGCCCCGAAGUUGGGUGUUAAGUUGAUUGUGUCACUUGGAUGCGUCAUCAACAGUGGUGCGCUUAUGCUUACAUACUUCGCUCUAAAAUAUGGAUUUGUCUGGGUUUUGGUUACUCAUCUGAUUUCCCUCGGUUUGGGAGUUGGUCUCGCCUAUUCAGUCGUCAUGCAAACUGCUGCUACGUGGUUCCCUGCCAAUGGUGGUUUCGUUAUCGGUCUGAUUGCGGCUGGUUUCGGUUUGGGAGCCCUCGUCUUCACUCCAAUUCAAAUGGCCUAUGUGAAUCCAGAGAAUAUUGAAGUUGACCCUGAUACUAGGUAUUUUACUGACGAUGGAGUUUUGGGACGUGUUCCGGUAUCUUACCUUGUUAUUGGUGGUAUUAUGUUGGGACUUCAAGUUAUCGGAUGCCUCAUUAUUCGGAAAAAGCCAUCUCCAGAAGAUGACGUCGUUGCUACUGAUGCUGAAAGAGCAAAAGAAGGUGGAGAUUUAUUGCUCGAAACCAAUGGCGAACAAAAGCCUGUUGAGGCUAUUGAGGAGUUUAAUAUGUCUCCCAAGAUGACACUCAAAAGCAGGUACUUCUACUUCCUCUGGCUUCUCAUGUUCUGCAAUAUCAUCCCAAUCACUCUUCUCACCUCUUCCUACAAGAUAUUCGGAAAUAAGUUCUUUGCUGACGAUGUCUACCUUACCACAGUCGCCACUCUAAGCUCACUCUUUAACUGUCUCGGUCGUGUUUUCUGGGGCUACCUUGUCGAUAAAUUCUCAUUCAAACUUCCCAUCGCCAGCAUGCUUCUUCUUUGGUCUUUCUCUCUUUUCUGCUUCCCCAAUGUCUUUGUUUGGGGUGUUGAAGUUGGCAAAUACACUUAUGGAAUCAUGGUAUGUCUUAUGUUCUUCUCCAUGUCUGGUGUCUUCGCUAUGAUGCCUGCCGCGACUCGCCUCCUGUUCGGUCCCAAGAACAUGGCCACAAACUAUGGCAUGGUCUUCAGCGCAUUUUCUAUCGGUAGUUGCCUGAGCGCCUUCGCCAGUCAAAUGGCCCAAGGACAAUGGAAUCUGUUGUACUACGGAUCAGCUGGUAUUUGCCUCGUUGGUCUAUUUUUCCUUACUUGGAUCUUUGAUCCUAAAAUGUCGAGGAGAUUCCGAGCUCUGUUCCCGUGUGCCAAAUCCGAUCAACGCCAGAAGUAG